AUGAAAAAUGGCAAGCUAAUUUUGAGUGAAGUUAAUCAAAAGAUAGAUAUUAUAUCAAGAAGAUUGAGUGAUUUGAGCCUAUGGAAAAACCCUUAAAUUGAAUCUCAUAUUAAUGAAAUAAGUAAUAAGGUUCAAAAUAUUCUUCAAAUCUUGGAAUACGAAGAAACUAUUGAAAAAUAGUAUUUAUAAAUGAGAUAGCAAACUGUAUCCUAAUAAAAUAAGUAAGCUAAUUAAACUAGAGAAUUUGAAAUUUUAUACUCAUAUAAUCUAGAAAUUAUAAAUAAAGGCUUAAAUAAAAAUUAACAAUUCAGUGACAUUCAAGAAAUUUGUCAUAGUGAAAUUAUACACUAAUAAAAUGUAAAACUCCCAGUUAAAGAAUAGCCUAAAAUAGAAGAAUCGAAUUUUUAAUAGAAUUAGACAUAAAAUAAUUAAUAAUUAGAAUAACCUCACCAUAUCAAGGAACAGAAAAAUGAUUUAAUAGAAUAAAAAAACUCAUAAAUUAAGAUAUCUUAGUUAGAAAAAAAUGGUUAAAUAUCAUAAAUCUAUUAACAACCAAGCCAUAAUACUAAUUCUCUUAAUUAAUCUGAUGAUAAUAAUAAUGAAAUAAUGUAUUCUUGCAUUUCUUCUAUUAGUAAAAUUCAAUAAUAAUAACAAUAAGAGCAACCAUAAUAAUAAUAGUAAUAUUAACAAUAAUAACAAUAAUACUAAUAGUAAUAACACUAACAAUAAUAAUAAUAAAUAUAAUAAUAAUAAGACUAAUAAUAGUAAUAACAAUAAUAAUAAUAGUAAUAAGACUAAUAAUAAUAAUACUAAUACUAAUCCUAAUAGUAAUAAUAAUAAUAACAACAAUACCAAUAAUAAUAAUAAUAACUACAAUACCAAUAAUAAUAAUAAUAAUAACUAUUCCAAUAGUAAUAAUAAUAAUAUAAGUGUCAAUCCAAGUAAUAGGAAGAUCAAUAAAUCUAAUAAUAGUAAUAGUUUUAAUACUAAUAACAACAGUAACAAUAAAAAUAAUAGCAAUAAUAAUAUUUUGAAGAUUAAUAAUAAUAAUUUAAGAAAUAGGAUGGUGUCAAUAAUAAACUGAAACCAAGAAUAUUCAAAUAUAAUGUGAAACAAGAUCUAUACAAUUAAAUGAAACAAGAUAUGAGUAAAUUUAAAAUGAAUAUUGUGGACUAACCUUCGCUGUCGGAAGAUGGUAGUAUCACUUUAUGCCCUAUCUGUUAUGACUCAUGUUUUGUUGAGAGCAACCAAUAGGAUAAAUAUGUAAUAUCAUUGAGCUGUUCUCAUCAAUUUCAUUAUGUUUGUUUAUAACCUUUAUUGUAAACAACCUUUCUUAAAUGUCCUAUAUGUAAUUAAAUAAACGGUCUACCAAAAGGGGAUCAACCUGAUGGGAUAAUGGAAGUCGUUACUAUAAAAAAAAAAUGUGAAGGGUAUAAUUGCAACACUCUUUAAAUUAAAUACAGUUUUAAAUAAGGAUAGAGAAAUGGAAGAUCUUUCUCAGGAACAACAAGGUUUGCUUUUUUACCUGAAAAUGAGGAAGGUAAGUUAGUGUUAGGUUUGUUGAGAAAAGCAUUUGAUUAAAGAUUAGUAUUUACGGUAGGGACUUCAUUGACAACAGGAGUUGAGAAUUGUAUAGUGUGGAAUGGAAUUCAUCAUAAAACCAACUUAAAUGGUGGUCCAUAAAAUUAUGGGUAUCCAGAUCCUACUUAUUUUGAGAGAGUUUUGGAUGAGCUGAAGCAAAAAGGGAUUACUUAAUCUAAGAAUUGA